CUUUCUCAGAGCAGCAGGGUUAGUUUCAGUGAACAUAUCCAGUUACAUGGAGGACUUGUCCCUGUGAUCAGAGCCAUACCUCUGAACAGAGAGGGACGGAGGGGCUCUGCUCCCAUCACAGGCUCAGGCCAAAAAAGGUGGUCCAGAAAAAUGUCUUCCAAAACGGAUUCUCCUCCAUCCUAUGAGGAUGCCCUGCAGCAUCCUAAGACUGUUAAUUAUCCCUUCCAGACACAACAUGGCACCCCUCUUACCCCUCCUCCAUCUUACAGCCCCAGUCCCUCCGCUUGCCUCGGCCCGCCUAGCUACUGCAGCCAGGGGGGCGUCUACCCACAGGCCGGCAUGUGUCCAGGCCCUGGCUUCUCUCAGCCUAUCGUGCCCAUCCCCACCCUGUCAGCAGGACUGCCUGCAUCCAGCCCAGGAGAAAUGGAUGACUUCAUCAGUAACCAGUGGGAGACCACCUCCAUUCGACAUGCCUUUAUCAGAAAAGUUUACUUGAUUUUGACAAUGCAGCUUGCUGUCACCUUUGCAGUCGUUGCUGUAUUUACCUUUGUUGAUCCAGUGAAGGAGUUUGUCAUUAAAUUCCCAGCCCUGUACUGGGCUUCUUUUGUUGUGUUCUUUCUGGUGUAUUGUAUUCUCAUCUGCUGCAAAGAGCCAAGGAGGCAUUUCCCAUUGAAUCUGGUGCUGCUGGGAAUAUUUACCAUUGCCUUAUCUUUAAUGGCUGGAUCAGUUUCAAGCUUUUAUGAGACCAAAGCGGUGAUUAUCGCCAUGGGAAUAACAGCGAUAGUAUGCAUCGCAGUGACAGUCUUCUGCUUCCAGACGAAGGUGGACUUCACCUCCUGCAGCGGGUUUCUCUGCAUCGCUUCUGUUUUGCUCAUGAUCAUUGGGAUCGUUACAGCCAUCGUGCUCUCCUUCCAAUAUGUCCCCUGGCUGCACAUGCUGUAUGCUGCAAUCGGAGCUGUCGUUUACACUCUGUUUUUAGUGUACAACACCCAGCUUCUUAUUGGGAAUCGAGAGUUGGCCAUCAGCCCAGAGGAGUACAUCUACGGAGCGCUCUCUCUCUACGUCGAUAUUGUUCACAUCUUCCUGUUCAUCCUGCAGAUCAGCGGAGCAGCAACAGAGUAAAGCAAUCAUCCAGCAACGUCUUAACAUCAGUGAAGUCUUGAUGUACAGAGUGUUUUUGGCAACGGUCUCACAAUUACCGAUGUGAACAGAUAAAAAAACAAACUUUGUGUGAAAACUUUUCACAAAUACGUAAACUUUAGUGUAGUUUCAUUCAUAUCAGUGAACACUGAAAAACUUUGAUGCUCUCCUUGGAGCGGGGCUGCAGAUCGGAGGCUUUUACUCCCAACAGACUGUGGUUGAUGGAAGGCACUGAUUUGCUUUAUUUUAACAUUUUUAAUUUUAUGUGUAUAUAAGCUAACUUCGAAUCCAAUCAAAAAUUAUUUUCUCAACUUUUUUUUUUUAAUUUCCAACAAAUUGUUUUUUUUUUUUAAAUCAGCAGUUUUUUUUUUUUUCAUCAGUUAAUUACAAAAUACAUGUAGUUACAGGCAAACUGUUGAAAACCAAAAGCAUUAUUCUGAAUUUCUUUGCUAGUAAUACAAAGGACUCUGAUCUGUGUUAAAGUUGUUUAAUCUCUCCAUAAUUAAACACUUAUUGGGUAGAAGAUGAAUAAAAGGUGUGCAGCCUCCUCUGGGAGUGUUCUGGCCCACUUCCUGACGAUACGCCUCUGUUUACUUGUUAGAAAACUAUGCACACAAAUCAAUAAAGUACUUUCUAUUACA